CAACAAAUAAAAAAAAAUGGCGACAACUAAGCUUGUAUGGUUUUGUUAACUUUAUAAAUAAUCGAAAAUACAAUAAAUAAAGGGUAUUAAAGCAUGGUUUUAGCAUUUAAGUUAUUUUUUGUUAUAUUUGAGUGGAUAUUAACUAUAAAAUAGGGCUUAAAUCGGAAACAACUUAACCUUAAAAGUGAAUUUGUGUUUUUUGAUCAUUUAUAAAUAAAUAAGCAACAAUGUGCGAUAGUGAUGGUGAAAAUUACAACAAUGAAGAGGUUGUCAAUCUCACCGGUUUCCUAUUUGGCAACAUUGACGAGUCCGGCCAAUUGGAAAGUGAUGUUUUUGACUCCGAAUCACAAAAACAUCUUUCUUCGUUGGGAAGGCUUGGACUCAGUUCAUUUCUCAAGGAAAUGAUUGGAGAUGAGAAAAUCAAAGAGGAAGAAAAUGAUAAUUCCAAUGACGAUUCACAGGAUGGGAUUACAGAAAAUCAACCAAAUGAAAUAGAGAGUACUGAUAAUGUUGACUAUGAUAAUAAAUCUCCUUCUGCAGAGGACUUUUUUGACAUAAAUGAGCUUGCUGAAGAUGAUCAAACUAAAAAUGUCAAUGAGGAUUAUGAUGCUGAAGAUGGGGAAAAAGGGGCAAAUGAUGAGGCAUUAAUGCCCCCACCCCCAAAACCUAUAGAGGGUAAGAAUGAUGAAAACGAUAAGAAAAAACUUGAAACUCCUCUGGCUGCCAUGUUGCCCUCUAAAUAUCAAAAUAUUGAUGUUACCGAGCUGUUUCCUGAUUUUAGACAUGGAAAAGUUUUGAGGUUUUCAAGGCUAUUUGGGCCAGGCAAGCCAAAUAGUUUACCGAAUAUUUGGAGAAAUGUGCGGAAAAAACGUAAAAAGAGAAAGCAGAAAGUCAAUGACAGUUCCACACAUGAUAGUGAUUCCAAUUCUGAGGAGGAAAAACCAAAAAAUAGGGGGUGGUAUUUUGAUUACCUCCAAGAUGUGCUUCCAGAACAAAUCAAAAGUGAUGAUGAGGAAAAAUUCCUGAAAGCUGCGGAAGUGUCCUCGGUAAGCGAAAAAAGCGAUGGCGAGAAAAAAGACGAAACGGGCCCGAAAGUGGCCGAUUGGCGAUUCGGACCCGCGCAAAUUUGGUACGACAUGCUCGAAGUACCGGAAACCGGCGACGGGUUUAACUACGGCUUCAAAGUUGGAGAAAAAAAGCCUGAAGAGAUUAAGGAAGAACCUGAAGUAGAGCAAUCAAUUAAACCUGAACGUAUCAUAGACGACGCCUUUUUAAUGGUUACACAACUGCAUUGGGAAGAUGACGUUGUUUGGGAUGGUAACGAUAUAAAACACAAAGUAUUGCAGAAAUUGAACUCGAAAACCAACGCGGCCGGAUGGGUGCCCAGCAGCGGAAACCGAACUGCGCAGGCGUUCAGUCAACCGGGGAAAGGGGGCGCCACGGUGCGCAUGCCGCCGGUGCCAGCGCCACCUAUACAGAGCAAGUCAAAAGCGAUUUUAAGCAAGCUUCGUCAAGAUCCCGACCACGACGACACGUGGUACUCGAUUUUCCCGGUGGAAAACGAAGAUCUCGUUUAUGGUAGAUGGGAGGACGACGUGAUAUGGGACGCGGAGAACAUGAACAACAUACCGAAACCUUCCAUAUUAACUUUGGACCCGAACGACGAAAACAUCAUCUUGGGAAUCCCCGACGACAUCGACCCGUCCAAGCAAAUCGCAGGACAAGCAACGCCUGUAAAAGUAAAAAUUCCACACCCCCACGUCAAAAAAUCGAAAAUAUUGCUCGGAAAAGCUGGUGUUAUCAACGUUCUCCAAGAGGAUACUCCUCCUCCACCUCCAAAAUCGCCCGAUAGAGACCCUUUCAACAUCUCAAACGAUAUUUUUUACAUGCCGAGGACGUCGGAUUCCACGAUGCGUUUGAAGGUGGGCGGUGCGAAUUUGAUUCAGCACUCCACUCCAGUGGUGGAGUUGCGCGCACCUUUCAUACAGACGCACAUGGGUCCCAUGAGGUUGCGGAAUUUCCACAGGCCGCCCAUGAAAAGAUUCUCGCACGGGCCUUUGGCUGAAGCAGCACCGCACCCAGUGCACCCCCUCAUCAAACACAUCAAGAAGAAAGCAAAACAAAGAGAGGCGGAAAGAAUGGCUUCCGGCGGCGGAGACGUUUUCUUCAUGAGGACAGCUGAAGAUUUGACCGGAAAAGAUGGCGACAUUAUUCUGGUGGAGUUCUGCGAGGAACAUCCGCCUCUAAUGAACCAGGUCGGCAUGUGCUCGAAAAUCAAAAACUACUACAAAAGAAAAGCGGCCAAAGAUUCGGGACCCCCGAGUUACAAAUAUGGGGAAACCGCCUACGCACAUACAUCGCCAUUUUUGGGUAUACUACACCCAGGUCAAUCUAUACAGGCUGUUGAAAAUAACAUGUACAGAGCGCCCAUUUAUGAACAUAAGAUUCCAGAGACAGAUUUCCUGAUCAUAAGAACUCGACAACAGUACUUUAUAAGAGAAAUUGAUUCGCUAUAUGUUGCUGGACAGCAGUGUCCUCUGUAUGAAGUACCAGGACCAAACUCAAAGAGGGCCAACAAUUUUGUCAGGGACUUUCUACAGGUUUUCAUCUACAGACUGUUUUGGAGGAGCAGAGAUAACCCGCGUCGAAUAAAAAUGGACGACAUCAAGCGCGCCUUCCCAUCUCACUCCGAAAGCAGCAUACGUAAAAGACUGAAGUUGUGCGCGGAUUUCAAAAGAACCGGCAUGGACUCGAACUGGUGGGUCAUCAAACCGGAAUUCCGGUUACCGACCGAAGAGGAAAUCCGGGCCAUGGUGUCGCCUGAACAGUGUUGCGCCUAUUUUAGCAUGGUGGCGGCCGAACAAAGAUUGAAGGACGCUGGUUACGGCGAAAAAUUCCUCUUCACGCCGGCAGAAGACGACGACGAGGAAAUGCAAGGGAAAAUGGACGACGAGGUGAAAGUGGCCCCGUGGAACACGACGCGCGCCUACAUACAGGCCAUGAAAAGCAAAUGCCUGCUGCAGCUGACGGGUCCGGCGGACCCUACGGGCUGCGGCGAAGGCUUCAGCUACGUCCGAGUGCCGAACAAACCGACGCAAACCAAGGAGGAGCAGGAGUCGCAGCCGAAAAGGACCGUGACCGGCACGGAUGCCGACUUGAGGAGGCUCUCGUUGAACAACGCCAAAGCGCUGCUCAGGAAGUUCGGAGUGCCCGAGGAGGAGAUCAAGAAGCUGUCGCGUUGGGAGGUUAUAGACGUCGUCCGCACGCUCUCAACGGAAAAAGCCAAAGCAGGUGAGGAAGGAAUGGACAAGUUCUCCAGGGGAAAUCGCUUCUCCAUCGCCGAACACCAAGAGCGGUACAAGGAAGAUUGCCAGAGGAUCUUCGAUCUUCAGAACCGCGUGCUCGGCAGUGGUGAAACGUUGAGUACCGAUGAAGGUGAAUCCUCUGAAGACGAGAGCGAUGAGGACAUUGAAGAGAUGGGCAAAAAUAUCGAGAAUAUGUUGAGUAACAAAAAGACCAGCACUCAGUUGUCUUUGGAGAGGGAAGAACAAGAAAGGCAAGAGUUGAGGAAAAUGAUUAUGGAGGGAGAAGAUAAAAAGGGCAAGGACAAAAAGAAAGAUGAUGAUGAGCAAGAUUCUAGUUCGUAUGCCCAACAAGGUCGCGUGUUAAAAAUCAUCCGCACCUUCAAAAACCACGAGGGUAAGGAGUACACUCGCGUGGAAAUAGUGCGUAAGCCGGCCGUGAUCGAUGCGUACGUGAAAAUACGCACCACGAAGGAUGAUUCGUUUAUACGGCAGUUCGCCACGCUGGACGACGCUCAAAAGGAAGAGAUGAAACGAGAGAAACGUCGAAUCCAGGAGCAGCUGAGAAGGAUCAAGAGGAAUCAGGAGAAGGAGCGGAUGAGCAUCGGGCAGUCGUCCAGUUUCAUGAAUACCAGUUCCAACGACAAGAUGGGCAAUUUGAGUGACGGAGCGUCCUCUUCCACACAACCAACCACGCCUUCUUCUAGCAAGCCAAUCACUUCCUCGCCUACAAAAUCCAAAAGGAAGGUGAAGCUUAAGCCGGACUUGAAGCUGAAAUGCGGGGCUUGUGGAAAUGUUGGCCAUAUGAGGACCAAUAAAGCCUGUCCAUUAUACAACAAUUCCGGCUCAAACCAGACAAUGAAUGCUACACUCAACGAAGACCAGGAAGAAGAUUUAGAAAAAUCGCUCAACACAGAUGAUGAAGAUCUUGUGAAUGUGGAUGGUACCAAAGUCAAAUUAUCUGGAAAAUUAAUCAAGCAUGCCGAAGAAAUGAAGAGACGUUCUCUUCUAUUGAAGAUGCCGAAGGACGCGAUGGGCUCAAAGAAGCGCAGACGUGGCGUGUCGGAGCUGCACUGCGACUAUCUGAAGAAAAACAACAGGACCGUGAACCGCAGGAGAACCGAUCCGGUGGUCGUUUUGUCCACCAUCUUGGAAAACAUACUCAACGAGAUGCGAGACAUGCCCGACGUGCAACCGUUUUUGUUCCCGGUGAAUCCCAAGCUCGUUCUGGACUAUCACAAAAUCGUGACGAGACCUAUGGAUCUGCAAACUAUACGAGAAAAUUUGAGGCAGAAAAAAUACCAAAGCAGGGAAGAAUUUUUGGCUGAUGUUAACCAGAUCGUCGAGAAUUCAGUUCUAUACAACGGUGCUAAGAGCAGUCUUACUCUAACUGCGCAGCGCAUGUUGGAAAAAUGCGUGGAACGAUUGGCUGACAAAGAAGACCGUCUGAUGCGCCUGGAAAAAGCCAUUAAUCCACUUUUGGACGAUAACGACCAAGUGGCCCUUACGUUUAUUUUGGAUAACGUUAUCAACACCAAACUAAAGGCCAUGCAAGAAUCGUGGCCUUUCCUCAAACCGGUCAACAAAAAACUCGUCAAAGAUUAUUAUAGUAUUAUCAAGAGGCCUAUGGAUCUAGAGACUAUCACAAAAAAAGUUGCAGCCCACAAGUAUCACAGCAGACACGAAUUUUUGGUCGAUAUAGAGCAAAUUUUGCAAAACUGCAUACUCUUCAACGGCAAGGAUUCGCAAUUUUCGGGGAAAGCCGAACAAUUGGUCAAGAUAUGUAAAGCAACUUUGGAUGAGUAUGAUGAACAUUUAACGCAACUGGAAAAUAAAAUCGCCAUUGCUCAAGAAAGAGCCAUGCAAAACGAUGAUCAAACUUGGAUGGGAGGCGACGAUGAAAAUUACACCAUUGCUGAACCGGAUAGAGCGAGCCAGGCAAGUUCUCCGGACCACAUGACCAUCAAAUCGCAAAUGGACGAAUACGAUUAUGUGGACGUGGAAAAUGUCGGCCUUCAAGGUCUUCAAGGUAUGGAGGAACAUUCCACUCCGGUGAAGCCCAGAGGCAGAAAGAAGGCGAAAAAAGUCGAUGAUUCCAAUAUGUUGGAAGAAGAUCUUCAAUUUUCGAGCGAAGAGGAACUGGAUGAAGUCCCCCUCAAUGAGUUUGAAGAUGAUAACAAAGGUUUCCUAAUAUCAGCAGAAUUGCCCAUGGAGGGAAAUGCAGAUGACGACAGUCAACAGGCUGCGGAAGCCAUGGUACAAUUAGGGUCCAUGGGGUACUACCAACAAAAUGAUGGUGAUGUGGUGGAAGCACUGACAUUCAAAGAGGAAAGUAUGGAUGUGGACCCUAACUACGAUCCUUCCGAUUUCCUGAUGCCCAUGCGCAAACCGGAUCAAAUCACCUUGGUAACGGAUCCUCAGGAUACCGGGAUGAAGAUUCAUGAUGAUUUGGCGGUAAGUGAGAGCGAUGAAGAACCAACCAAUCUGAGCCAAGAACCCAUGCAAGAGGAAGAGGAGGGGGAAGUUUGGUUCUAAGUGUUAUGUUGUUAUUGGAGUAAUAUUAUAGUAUUAUUGUAAUAUUAUUAAUCGUGUCGCCAUUUUUAAUAUUAAAGAAAACUGCAAAAUAUUUUUGCAGUUAUUUUGUUUUUUAAUAAAAGGCGAUAUUUUAUGUUGAACUUGUAGAUAUUUUUUAAUAAAACUGUACAUUUUUCUAAGAAAUAAAGUGUUUAUUCUAAAAUUA